UCAGCCUCACGGGGCGAGCGGUCGCAGAGUUUCCGUGCUGUCCAGUAACCCGCGCCGCUCAGCACCGAGGCGGAAUGUGACGGCCCGUGACCGCUGUGACUCAUUCCGGAUAGCUGGGAUCCGCUCCAGUCAGACGCGGAAGCGAGGAAUGCCAGGGGCGCACCGUGUUACUCACCCAAGAAGGAAAGACAUGAAACCGGCACUCCAGUGACUCAGGAUCGGGGCUGUGCUAGGCUAAGCUAGGCUAGGCUAGCGGUAACCAUCAUUCGCUAGUCAUUUAGUUAUCAUUCAGCUGAAUCAAAACCACAAUGGCUUUAAUCCUUUUUUCAAGAUCCCGGUCUCCUCUAAUUAAGACGUCUAGGUCACUAAACAAAGAGCUGAGAAGAGGCCAGCUGUCAGAUACGAUCUGUUUUCAGUGCACAGCUCUCAGAAUGACGAACCAAAGGACCGACGGGCCUCAAAGAGCGCCGGCCUUCUCCCCGCUGUUCUUCAGCCCGUCACCUGGCAGCUCUCGGCAGUCCCCAGGCGCGUGGAGGCUGUACUGCGGCCAGGUGGCGGGUCCCCCUCCCGGUCCCCUGGGGACGUGGGCGGCCGCCGCCCCCGUGCGAUGGUGGCACGGCAGCGCCCGGCUCUGCGACGACUCCAAGGUGGAGAAGUCCCUCAAGUCCCUGAAGGACAAGAACAAGACUCUGGAAGAGGGAGGUCCGGUCUACAGCCCCGCGGCCGAAGCCCCGCUGGUGCGGCGUUCCCUGGGCCAGCGCGUGCUGGACGAGCUGAAGCACUACUACCACGGCUUCCGGCUGCUGUGGGUGGACACCACCAUCACCGGGCGCAUGCUGUGGCGGGUACUCAACGGGAACGUACUGUCCCGCCGCGAGAGGCGGCAGUUCUUGCGUACCUGUGCGGACGUGUUCCGGCUCCUGCCCUUCCUGGUCUUCAUCAUUGUGCCCUUCAUGGAGUUCCUACUUCCUGUAGCCUUGAAGCUCUUCCCCAACAUGCUGCCUUCCACCUUCGAGACGCAGUCCAAGAAGGAGGAAAGACUGAAGAAGGAGCUGAGGGUUAAGCUGGAGAUGGCCAAGUUCCUCCAGGACACAGUGGAGGAGAUUGCCCUGCGCAACAAAGCCGCUAAGGACAACGUGACUAAGGAGUUCUCUACUUUCUUCCAGAAGAUCCGGGAUUCUGGGGAGAGGCCCAGCAAUGAGGAGAUCAUUCGCUUCUCCAAGCUGUUUGAGGAUGAGCUGACUCUGGACAACCUGACGCGGCCCCAGCUGGUGGCUCUGUGCCGCCUGCUGGAGCUGCAGUCCAUCGGCACCAACAACUUCCUGCGGUUCCAGCUGAUCAUGAAGCUGCGCGCCAUCCGCACCGACGACAAGCUGAUCGCCGAGGAAGGCGUGGACAGCCUGAAUGUGAGCGAGCUGCAGGCGGCGUGUCGGGUGCGAGGCAUGCGGGCGCUGGGUGUCACCGAGCAGAGGCUGCGCGAGCAGCUCAGACAGUGGUUGGAGCUGCAUCUGGAUCAGCAGAUCCCCACCUCGCUGCUGCUACUGUCCAGAGCAAUGUUCCUACCAGACACACUGUCCCCCGCUGACCAGCUUAAGACCACCCUGCAGACGCUGCCAGAUGUUGUGGCUAAGGAAGCCCAGGUUAAGGUGGCUGAGGUGGAACUCUCCAAGGUGGACAACAGGACCAAAGUGGAGACCACACUGCAAGAGGAGCUGGCCAUCCAGCAGGAGCAGAGGGAGAGGCUGGCUGAGAAGGAGGCGGAGCCUGUUGCCGCCAAGGCCCCGAAGGCGCAGGUGGCUGGGGAGCCUGAUCAGGAGCUGGUCAGUGUGGACACCACCAUCCAUUCAGAGACCCUGAAGGACACUGCCCCCGUUCUUGAGGGUAUCAAGGGAGAGGAGAUCACCAAAGAGGAGAUCGACAUGCUGAGUGAUGCCUGCACCAAACUGAAGGAGCAGAAAAAGCUACUGACUCUGGAAAAGGAGGAGCUGGAGGAGCUGAAGGACGACGUGCAGGAGUACAACGAAGACCUGGAGGAGAUGAAGAAGGAGCUGUCCAAGGCUGGUCAGGAGGCGGUAGUGCAGGAGUCAAAGGCCAGCAAGCGUCUUUCCCGAAGGGUCAACCUCAUGAUCGGCCGCAUCGACAGCAUCAUCACCGAACUGGACAAGGACAAGGCGACGCUGGAUGGACAGAUGGACAGCAGGGCGGCGCCACCUCUGGGCUUGUACUUCAACUUUAGGGAGAACCUCAUCAGCAUCGACGAGCUGAUCGCCAUCAUGCGGCAGAUCCAGAACAUUCCGGAGCAAAAGCUGCAGAGCAUCGCUGAAGCGCUGGACGAAAACAAGGAUGGCAAGAUUGACAUCGAUGAUGUCAUUAAGGUGGUGGAGCUGAUCGACAAGGAGGACAUAAACAUCUCCACCACGCAGAUGGCUGAAAUCAUGGCGAUGCUGGAGAAGGAGGGGAUACUGGUGGAGAAGGAGAAGGCCAAAGAGAAGGCAAAGCAGAAGGAGGAGCAGGCUGUGGAAGUGCAGAGCUGAGUCCGAGCCUUAGGGGGGCCAGACCGAGUCACAGCAUGGCGCACAGAUGAGGCCUCGCUUAGGACUCCCAGCAUUAGACAGACAUGUCAUGUACAAUUCACAUGUAACAGGACAUGUGCACCUCCACAUUUAGUUCCAAUCUGAUAAAUCUGAUUAAUACAUUUUAAGCCAGAAUACUAAGGACGGAUAGUAACGUUUGAGUCCAUUUGCCUUUCAUUAAUAUUUAUAUUUGGGAAUGAAAGUAUUUUAAAUAUUUUGCUGCGUAGGAGAUCAUCAUAUCAUUAUCAUCAUCAUCAUCAUUCCAUAAGUGCAUAUUAUCAUUAGGGGUCCAAGCAUGUAGAAAUAUGUUCCAUGACUCCGUGUCUGUGACACAUUGGCCAGAACAGAAGGGGCCUCCUUUGCUGGUCAGUAGGUGGGGUUCUGCACGUCCCCACAGAAUGUUGUAGGUUUUACGGCCUUGGCUGCCCAUUUGAUUUUAGGGCAAAAAAAAACCAACAACAUUUGAACAAAAACUAGUGGUGACAGCUACAUAAACAGUGUGGCCACCAGCUACGCCCAAAAUGCCACGCCCUUCACCACGCCCAAAAUGCCACGCCCUUCACCACGCCCAAAAUGCCACGCCCUUCACCACGCCCAAAAUGCCACGCCCUUCACCACGCCCAAAAUGCCACGCCCUUCACCACGCCCAAAAUGCCACGCCCUUCACCACGCCCAAAAUGCCACGCCCCUUCACCACGCCCAUCUUAAACCAACUGCUCUAGCUCAAGAGUGCUUUGGCCAGUCUUCACCAGAGGCGAACUCUGGCAGGCAUAUCGAGGACGGAGCAGCAAACCUGGUGUCAUUGCAUCCAUAGAGGGUGCUAUGACAUCUGUACCUGUAAAACCACUGGACCAAUCCGGUCUAUGCCGCCCUCGUCUUAGCCUAAGGCAAUAUGUACAGUGAUGUAAUGAUACAUCAGCCAAUAGGAUUUCGGCAGCCAUUUUACAUGCUACCAUAUGGUCGUCCAUUAUAAUCUGUCUUUCUGGUCUGCUAGCCUGCGGUGCUUGGACCCGGCUGACCACCUCUUGUUUAUUUUUUCGCUUCUGACAUCAAUCAUCGAUCAUUAAAUGUAGUUUCAAGGCUGUCCAUUGACCAGUGUGUUAAGUGCUGUUUAUCCUAACACGCUUACCUUCGGGGCAAAGUGAUUGGCUCGCAUGAGGCGGAUGAGAAGACUGUCCUGCUACUGCAUGUACCUUCUCCUUACACGUACCUGUAUAUCUAUGACGUGUAUGUGCCAGGGAAGGGUUUGCAGCGCUGGUUUACCAAAGGCGUGUCGACGAAAGGGCACCAUGUCAUAGGCGUUGUGAUGAUAGAACUGUAAUGGGUUCAUUUGGUCUGGCCUGGUGUGUUGGAAAUCAUCUGUUUGUAUUACUUGGGUGUAUUGGGUAAACCCAAGCAGCAUAAGGCUUCUUUGUCCUCAACAAUCGAGCUAUUCUCUCGGGAGUAACUUGAAACUUGUGGCUACUGGCAGCUGAAGCGUCGCUUCAUGCUUUUUUGGCUGUGAUUGCGUGACGGGCAGGAACCCCCGCCCCCUGGAUGUGUGUGUGUAAAUCACGGCAUGUGACCUGGGGUUGUGGACAGCAGUUUGGUGUUCAGGCCUGACGAUGCUGUGAGCACCUUUUAUGAACUGAAAAGGCCUGUGUUGGGCUAAUCUAUGAUCAAGCGUGGCUUUUAAUUUUUUUAAAUUUGGACUCAGGUUUAAACGUCUUCUGCAGGCAGCUGUAGGGAGAUGGGAUCCGUCAGACCGAUUUGGGUCAGAAGUGAUGUGUAGUGUUUGCUGCACUGGUCGUUCGACUGAAAGAGGGAUACCAAGAAUGCAAAAGACCUUAAGUAGUUUUGUUUGGGAAUUUAGUGUCAUUUAAUUUGCUGUUAAUUAAAUAAUAUUUCUCAUUGUUUUGAAAGAUGAACUUGUCUCAUCUUGAUUCUGAAGGUGUUUUCCAGUUUUUGGGAACUGUAUGGAGUGAAAUGUUUUGGUGCGUUGUGGCCUGUGAGAUCUCAAAGCCGCUUAGCACUGCGUUAAUUUUCGCUCCCUGCUCAAUUUGUCUGCAUCGCUUUUGCGCAGGAAUGCAAUGGGUACUUCUGUAAAUGUCAGUAUAUAUUUGAAUUUAGUAUGAAAAUGCUGGAUGCAGUCUUGCAUUUAUUCCUGAAAUAAGCCUUUCAGAAUUACUAUAUCCAGCAUUUUGUACUAUGUAAUGCAAUGAUAUUUAUAUCAGUUUUAUUUAAAGUAUUUAACAGAUUGACUGACACCAAGGAUUAACCCAUCAAAAUAUCGGAUAUAGAAACUGAUUAAAAUGGCUAAAAUUCUCACUUUUAAAGCUACUUUAAAUCAGUAGCUGUGUAUUUUAGAAUAUUCUCCAGCUGUGCAUAUUUACAUACUAUGACAGAAUUUAUUUUAAUUCAAUAAAGUUUGGUUCCUGACGGA